AUGUGGGAAGCGAGAGAAACAAGGGACGCAAGUGUUUGAGGAUGAUGUCACUAUUGCGUUGACCUUGUGCUGUCUCGUUUCGGUUGGUGGUGUUGGUGACUCGGAAUCUGAAUACAGAUAUAUAUGUAUAUAUGUACACAUGGGAGAUACAGAGAGUUGCAGCAGCAGAGUUUUCGAUUCUGGGUGGAAUCAAAGCCCGAAGCAGAGACAGAAGGUUGGAGUUUACAACGAGGUUCUUUGUAGACUUAGGGAAUUGAAUGUCCCAGAGGCUCUGGCUCCUGGUUUUGAAGAUGAGCUUUGGGCGCACUUCUAUCGCCUUCCCGCUAGGUAUGCGUUGGACAUGAAUGUGGAGAGGGUCCAAGAUGUUCUUAUGCAUAAAAGGUUACUGGACAUCGCACGAAAACCUGCUACAGCAGCAACCGCACCUGCUGUCGAAGUUCGUCUUGUACAGGUUCGUUAUACUUCUGGUGUGCAAAGUAAAGUCAGUCCUCAAGAUUCUGGCAUUCCAGGCAACAUGAGCUUCCAUCCUCCCCCGGCCUUCGGUUCAUCAGUUAACAUGGAACUUGCUAUUGGUGAGAGCCAGUUACAGGUCAGAGAUAGGGACAACUAUGUUAAUUUUUAUGCACAUUAUGCCAGGUCUAUGCAUGAAAUCACAAUUUCCACACAUGACAAGCCAAAACUUUUCUGUCAGUUGACCUCUUUACUGUCUGAGACUGAGUUAGACAUUCAAGAAGCUCAUGCUUUUUCAACAUUAGAUGGCUAUUCAUUGGAUGUUUUUGUUGUUGGCGGUUGGGCAGUUGAGGAGACAGAGAAGUUAAAACAUGAACUGGCAAAGAAAAUUCAGAAACUCCAGGAGCAACUUCUACUGAAAGAAAAUAUGAGUCUACCUACAGCAAAGCAAGAGCAAACCAGGAUGAACUUCAUCUCUAAAAAUGUAAAUUUGCCUACUUGUGGAAAUGAUAUCUGCAGAAUUGAUGCAAGAUGUUUGAGAUAUGAAAAGAAAAUUGCAUCUGGACCUUUCAGUGAUUUGUAUAAAGGUACGUUCUGUAAUCAAGAUGUAGUGAUCAAAGUCCUUAAGAAUGAGAAUUUGAACGAAAAUAUACAAAAGGAGUUUGCUCAGGAAGCUUAUAUCCUAAGUAAAAUUCAGCACAAGAAUAUUGUCAAAUUUGUAGGCGCUUGUACAAAACCCCCUAACUUUUACCUUGUCACAGAAUACAUGUCUGGCGGAAGUAUGUACGACUUUCUGCAUAAACAGAAGAAUGUCCUUGCUCUUCCAUCUUUACUCAAAGUAGCCACUGAUAUUUCCAAAGGAAUGAAAUAUUUGCAUCAGCAUGAUAUCAUACAUCGGGACCUUAAAGCGGCUAAUCUUUUGAUAGAUAAGAGUGGGGUUGUAAAGGUUGCUGAUUUUGGUGUAGCUAGAGUGCACGAUCAGUCUGGUAUAAUGACUGCAGAAACUGGAACUUAUCGGUGGAUGGCUCCAGAGGUUAUUGAACAUAAACCAUAUGAUCACAAAGCCGACAUCUUUAGCUUUGCAAUUGUUCUUUGGGAGUUGCUCACUGGAAAGAUUCCAUAUGAGCAUUUGUCCCCAUUGCAAGCAGCACUCGGAGUGGUCCAAAAGGGUUUAAGGCCUAAAAUUCCAAGGCAUACUCAUCCAAAGUUAGUGGAAUUGCUUAACUGGUGCUGGCACCAAGAUCCCUCCACAAGACCCAAUUUCUCCGAAAUUCUGGAAUUUCUUCUGUAUGUGACCAAAAUGGUUACAGGAGAAUGUGAAGGCAAGGGAAAUGCAUGGGAAUGAAUAUUCACUGAGGCAUCCCUUAACAUGGUGAGAGACUAUGUGCACAUGUAAAUAUGGGACUUCUUAAUUUAAUUUAAGUUCGUCGAUUAGAACCUUGGACCCCCUAAAUUAUGAAUAUGAAGUUGAUACUAUCGCAUAGAGAAGAUGUAUAUAAACUUGGAUGUACAGCUAUUAUUAAAAUACCAUAUCUGGAACCAAACUACGAUAAUAAAAAAAAUCUUUUUUC